AAUUCACUAAAAAAAAAAAAAAAAUUUAAAAAUAAGUAAAUUGUCGCCAUGGGUCUGGGGCACCUUGUCUUGGCUAAGUAGCCUAUGAGCUAAGAAUAGUUUGGUGAAUGAUUUUUGAGUGAUUUGGAAGAUGGAAUACAGAGUGGACCCUCCCAGCUGUCAGUUGAUAGCAAACUUGUAAGAAUUUACAUGCCGGCCUCCCAGGGAUAAGGCACAGAAAGAGCUCCAGAUUCUGUUCAAGAGGAUCAAAAAGACGCGGCUGAAAUAAUUUAUAUGAAAAGAGGGACUCUGAGCCCUCAAUUAUAACCUGGAAAUCAGGCUGGAAAUUGCACAUGCAAACAAACUCAUAACCAAACGGAAGGCCCCAAAUCAAAACCCACACAACUUAAAAUAACAGCCAACCACUUCUCCAGUUCCCUCCCCCGUUCUCCUACAAAUCCAAUAACAUGUUGAGAAAUGAACAGGAGAAUGACAUAAUUUAAUUUGUAAGUGACCUUCGACAUUAUCGGAUCCUCUAAUUCAGUGGUUCUUAAACCCGUGAGACCCAAAGCUCACUCUUUAUAGGAAAUAUUUUGUAGUUCACCUUUUACUAUCUGGAGAUAGAAUUCAUGUAUAAUAUAACCUACCUUCACUAAUAAGAAUAAUACAAUGUCACUAGUGUGAUAGAAGGAGAAACAAAGGGACAGUAAAUUAUAAUAAUAUAAUAUGUACUCGUAUGUGUAAACUACACUAGAAGCCACAGGGAGGUUGUCGGACGUUUGCAUGAGUAGAGUCGUGUUGCACGUGACGUCUAAAAUGCAGCCGCCACCAGCGUAGGGCAUUAGUGAUGCAAAUACUACGAGCAAGAUUGCCCUCAGUGACGCAGACUUCUGAAAUGAUCAACAAUUCUUGCUAAAGUUCUAAAUGAAACACAGCACAGCCUUCCUUCAAUUUACACAAUAGUUGCAUUCUAGAAAACUCAGGAGGAUACUAAAAGGCUGCAAGAUGCACUUUGUGUUCAUAUGAGUUAAAUUCUGUUAUCGAAUAAUUACGAUUUUUUUCCUAAUUGAAUUGUCUGGUGAGAUAGUCAGCAUUUAUAUGGGAACGCAAGAUAAUUCAUUGUCACCGUGACAACCAUAAACACACCCCACAAAUUUCUAAAGAUGAAAGUGUGGUGCUGCCCCACUGAAAAUCCUGAAUGAGCGCCAGUGAGAUGCAUCAACUGUGGCUCAAACGUGUGAAAUGGGAUGUCCAAACCGCUAUGCCAGCUGGGACACUAGGAGGACACUGGAACCAAAGAGAAAACACCUUCCUAGGUUUUGAUUCUAUCUUGACAUGAACAAUCCUGGGGUGACACUCUAGGCGCACCACUUGCAUCAUUUCAAAAAGUCUCCCUUGUUUAGAGAAGAUCAGGAAACAGAGAUUCCAAGUUAAAGAAAAAAGUACAUUUCGAUCCAAGAAUAGAAGGCUUUACUCGUAGUGGAUAUUAACCAAGUCUUUGAAUGACCGAAGGUUUAUAGAAGCUAGAAUCAAAAUCUCUGACAGUCGAGAAUAAAAGCACAGUGGGAUGGAUGUUGAACGCCCAUAUCUCUAGUUUUCUAAGCUUUACCCCUGUGUCGACUUGGAAUACCAGAAGGCACCAUGUUUGGUCUAUAUUUGAAAGACGUUCAAGACGCAGAGGCUUGGGCGGCUAAGAUGUGCUAGUUCCAUCUGUUCAUCCGGAAACUGCAGACGGACGAGGGAGGAGGCUUCGCCCCUGGUGGCGCAGUGAGUUACCAGCUGCGCUGGGCUAGAGCCCCAGGUAUUGAACUGGCUGGGCUUUCGGUUAUCAUUACUGCUGGCCUGAAAACAUUGGAAGGGGAAGGUUAGCUUCUAGAAGUCAUUGAUACGCUUCUUGUUGCUAUUUGUAAGUUCCCUCAGACAGGGAUUACUUCUGCUUUGCAGAAAUUAUCUGCUUGGAGCCACGCAUGACUUAUAACAAUCUCUGGCCAAACCUCAGAACAAAGAUAUGCUUUCAUCUUAGACGGAUGUCAGAGGCUGCGACAGGACCCUGUGGAAAGGCUCCCCAGGGGGCGUGAGGCACUGGGAGCGACAACUCCAAGAAGAGGGACAGCCUCUUGGGGCUUUCUUCUCCCGGGAGUGUGACACAGUUAAAAAGGAAAAAAAGAGCCACCAGCAGAACAGUUGCCACUGAAAUCGGAGAGGGAGCUCUGUCGAGAACGAGGGGUUGCUGCUGGCCUCUCUGAGCUCAUCCACAGGACGGGAGCGCUGGGUCAUGGAGUAAAACUUCAGCUUGGGUCUAAGAGAAGAAAGAGGACAUGGCCCAAGAAGUCAAUCUGAAUUCCCUCCAGGAGGUAGAGCGCGAGGAGAUUCUCCAGGUCCUGUACCGAGACCAGGCGGUUCAAAACAUCGAGGAGGAGAGGAUACGGAAACUGAAGACGCACCUUCAGCGUCUCCGGUGGAAGGGCGCAAAGAGCGUGAGCCAGGAGUACAAACAGAAGUCCUGUGCCCGCUGCCAGCGGAUGCUGGGGUUCCUGCUGAACCGGGGGGCAGUGUGCCAUGGCUGCAGCCACCGCGUGUGCUCUGAGUGCCGGGUGUUCCUGAGGAGGACCCACGCCUGGAAGUGCACCGUGUGCUUCGAGGACAGAAACAUGAAAAUAAAAACUGGAGAGUGGUUCUUUGAGGAACGAGCCAAGAAAUUUCCAACUGAAGGAAAACACGAGACAGCUGGAGCAAAGCUCUUGCAAUCUUAUCAGAAACUGAGUAAAAUUUCUGUGGUUCCUCCUACCCCGCCUCCUCUCAGCGAAAGCUGGUGCAGUGGCAGCCCUGGCAAGUUACAAGAACUUGGUCAGUUUAAAGGAUUUAAUAAGUCCAUGGAAAAUUUGUUUCUGUCUGUUACCACCCACAUGAAAAAGCUCUCCAAGUCCCAGAAUGACAUGACUUCUGACAAGCAACUCCUAGCCACGGGGCCCAGGCAGUGCACGGGCCAGUCGGAGAGAAGGAGCCAGUCUGACACUGCCAUCAACGUCACCACCAGGAAGGUCAGCGCCCCAGAUAUUCUGAUACCUCUCGAUCAAGAGAGUCCCAGACGCUUUACUAGCCCUGUUUUGAAGCAAGAGGAUCUCUUAUUCAGUCCAACGCCCGACACUUUAUUCUCAGGAGGCUUGAGACACGGAAGUUUAAUUAGCAUUAACAGCACUUGUACAGAGAUGGGCAAUUUUGAUAAAGCCAAUGUCACUGGAGAAAUAGAAUUUGCCAUUCGUUAUUGCUUCAAGACCCACUCUUUAGAAAUAUGCAUCAAGGCCUGUAAGAACCUUGCCUAUGGAGAAGAGAAGAAGAAAAAGUGCAAUCCGUACGUUAAGACCUAUCUGCUGCCUGACAGAUCCUCACAGGGAAAACGCAAGACUGGAGUCCAAAGGAACACGGUGGACCCGACCUUUCAGGAGACCGUGAAGUACCAGGUGGAGUCCGCCCAGCUGGUGACCCGGCGGCUGCAGGUCUCAGUGUGGCACCUGGGGAUGCUCGCCCGGAGGGUGUUUCUUGGAGAGGUGAUCAUUCCUCUGGCCACGUGGGACUUUGAAGACAGCGCCACGCAGUCGUUCCGCUGGUAUCAGCUCCGGGCCAAGACAGAGAAAUACGAAGACGUUGUUCCUCCAAAUAACGGAGAACUUGCAGUCCGGGCCAAGCUGGUCCUCCCCGCAGGGCCCACACAGCUCCAGAGGCCUCACGAAGGGACAGGCGACCACCCAUCACCUAAUGGUCAACUCUGUUUGGUAGUGCUGGGAGCCAAGAAUUUACCUGUGCGGUCAGACGGUACCUUAAACUCAUUUGUUAAGGGCUGUCUCACUCUGCCAGAACAACAGAAACUGACACUCAAGUCCCCCGUCCUGAAGAAGCAAGCCUGUCCCCAGUGGAAACACUCCUUUGUUUUCAAGGAUGUAAGCCCCUCUCAGCUGAGGCAAGCGAGCCUCGAAUUAACCGUCUGGGACCAGGCCAUCUUUGGUGUGAACGACCGCUUGCUGGGAGGAGCCAGGCUCGGGGCCAAGGAAGAUCCAGCUGGCGGUGCUGACGCAUGCUCACAGUCAAAGCUUCAAUGGCAGAAAGUUCUUUCCAGCCCCAAUUUAUGGACAGACAUGACACUCAUCCUGCACUGACGCGGAGGUUCCAGUUUGCAGUGGGUGUUUCAAGGGCUGCGUGCCUGAAGGUGGGCUGAAGGACUGGGUGUGGACGCACGGCUGGAAAAGGCCCUCUGCACUGUAAACACUGUCCAUCUAGUUGUCAUGUAGCUAAAACGUUCUUCUUUAUCCCUCUGUGUAUAGUUAAGUUAAACAGAGCAAUUAUUAUGUUAUAUAAGUAAGACUCAGGUUGGUUACCUGUGCUUUGAGAGAUGUGGAAAAUGGCCAGAUUUCAAUAAACGUUCAAGUUACUUGUC